AUGCCUCACUACGCCAUCCUCUCCAUCCCAGCCAUGUGGCUCGUCUCGCUGUACCCGCACGCGCACGCCGUCGGGCUCAUCAAGAGCGCCAACAACAACCGCUGGGACAACGCCAACUCCAAGGGCCACGCCUGGUCCGCCACGAUGCAGCAGUCCGUGCCCGCCGACGUGCUCGCCCGCUUUGAGCGCGCCGAGGCCGCCCACCGCAACGGCUUCGAGAACCUGCCGCUCUUUGGCCUCGCCGUGCUGAGCGCCGAGUGGGCCGCCGUGCCCGAAGCCACCGUUGCCGUCACCGCCUGGACCUACGUGGCCUUGCGCGUCGCCUACAACGCCCUGUACCUGAACACGACGGAUGUGAAGACGAGCUUUGCGAGGUCGGGCGUGUGGGCGCUGAGUUCGUUGGUUGGCUUGAGCUUGUUUGUGAGGGCCGCCUUGCAGUGA